AAAGAAAAAUAAUAAUGGCGACGCACUGGCCCUUUCUUCUGAUUGAAUUAUUUUUUAUUUGGGAAACAAUAGAUGGAUAUUAUAGUGAGAGGAGAUCUCAGUGCUUAUACACUGCCAACGAUUUCAGUGAUAUGGUUUUUAUUGAUUCCUAUACUUUCAACAAGAUUCAGUGGAUAUGGUUUAACAGCACUGUCGGGAAGUUUCAGGGAUACACUUUACAGGGCAUUAAUGCUGCAAAUUAUUGGAACAAGAACAAAGCAUUCGUGGAAUCAGAACGAGCUAUUGUGCAGUCCUGCAAGCACAAUGCACAUAAAUGUUACUCAGCGAUAGCAGAUAAAACAGUUGAGCCUCAGGUUAAAGUGAGGUCAGUGAAGAAGUCAGAUGGAUCACAUCCUGCCAUGUUAAUAUGCACCGCUUACAACUUCUACCCAAAGUUCAUUAAUGUAACCUGGCUGAGAAAUGGGCAAAAGAUUAAGGGUGAUGUGACGUCCACUGAGAAGAUGGCUAAUGGAGACUGGUACUAUCAGAUCCACUCUCACCUGCAGUACAUGCCUGAAUCUGGAGAGGAGAUCUCCUGUGUGGUGGAACACGCCAGCUUAAAAAAACCCAUAAUCUAUAAGUGGGACCCGUCCAUGCGUGAAUCUGAUAAGAGUAAGAUCGCUAUCGGAGCUUCAGGGUUGGUGUUGGGGAUCAUAAUCUCAGCAUCUGGAUUCAUCUACUACAAGAAGAAACACUCAGGACGGAUCCUGGUGCCCACAUAAACACAGGUCUUUACACUGAGAAACACUGGAGUGUUUACUGAAGAGACUUUAACUGUUAAACAUCUGCUUUAUUCUGAACAUUUCAUACUUACUGAACUGAAACAUCUGCAUCUGGAUUU